GCCACCCCGCGAGGUGCAAAUGCUGUUCCUAAGUGGAUUCGCUUCGCAUGUGCAACCCACCCUUAUAGCAUUCAUUCGAAUACUACUCGACAAUACAGUAACAGACAUGGAGAAUAUUUCAUUUGCCUAACGGUUUUUUCACUUUGUGAAGCUACCUGAACUUUCUUGACUUCCUCAAUAAUUUGUUAUUAAACUUCUUUAGCACCAUAAUCAUUUCAUUUGUGACUUCCCAAGGUGUAGCCUGCAUCGAGCGCGAGUGCUGCAAUUCCCACUUGACCAUCGGAUAGAAAUACCAUAACACCAUAAAGACUUCAAUGUCCACGGAGAAAUAUGAUCAUAAAAUUUAAUGAUACAGCUCAGACUCGGCACAAACAAGAACAUAAAAGAUAUACGCAGACGCAGUCAUUCAUCGCUAGGCACUCUCCAUGGCCGUGACACAGGCAAUCAACAAGGAGUGACACAUUCCCGUAUAGGCGGAGAUACUUUGUUACUGGUCGGCGGCACGGGGGUGAUUUUGUUUUCACGGCCGCAGAUCAUAGAAAAAUUGCAUAGAAAUUAAAUUAAAUCGAAAAAUUAUUCUACAAGCUCUAGAUUUUAUACAACCGCUUUGUCUUUCUGGGGGUGUCAGCGGUACCAGUUGUGCAACUUGGCGUAUGCAAAGUAAAAAUGGCAACGACUUGUCGGUUUCGCCGUUUGUUGUUCGUGUGGUUGCUUUUUGGGAUGAAUUUUGAAUCAGGUUGCGGGAACACAGCAGUGGUAGCACUGAUGGCAGUGAUCUCAAGACGACGUUCUCUUAUGAGAAACAAACCUCCACCUGUGAGCACCGACCCUGCCAACGCUAAUCCACGAGGUGCCUCUCCUGAAGACCUGUCGUUGCUAGCUUCUGUUCUGGAUGCCGAGCGACUAGCUCAACACAAUGUCGUCACCUUCCCGAAUCCAGACGCCAUGCAGCUUAACGCCGACCCCGAGCCCAGCGUCGAGCGACCCCUGAUUGGCCAGCGCCUGACCCUGACAUGCCGUGUUGGCGACCCUCUGGCGGCACUGAUGGGUGACAUUGUGUGGACCCAGAGAAAGCCCUUCGCACUAGCGCAUUAUCUGCACAACAGUCAGCGAUACGUGGGGCCGGACAUCAGCGUGAUCAGCCACGGUAACAGCCUGGACAUCAGCAACGUCACGCACAACAGCACGGGAACGUACACCUGCUACCAACGCUGCCCAGCGACGUUUCUCUGUCCGCUGCGGUCCUUUACGCUGCUUCCCCGACCGCGGGACAUCGGUGACAUUUUUGCAAAGCCGUUGGAUAUCUCGCUGUUGUAUCCCCAUCGGCAGUUCUCCGCCACGUGCUCGCUGCAGUUUGACUGUUCGCCGGAUGCUGACGCGUACUUUAUCUGGAAGUACAACGGAGCGUUUAUAGCGGCGCCGAGUCGUCAUUUUCUGCACAAGCUGGACAAGUUAUUUUACAGUCCAUUUGUGCAAAUCACCGAGUCGAACUGUCAGUCGGAACUCGAUGAACCACCGCAUUGUGCCCAGACAAUCACAGUCUUUUGGUCAAAGCCGCACAGCGGCGGACAAAUCGAGUGUUGGGCGCGGUCGGACACCGAGCAGGAAACGUGGUUCGUUCAACGAGGAAUCGUGGCGUUCUGAUGCAGUGCGACGGCCAUUCUCUGAAGCAUUAACCUCCAAGCCAGUUCAACGUUCCAAACAGUUAGCGUUAAACUGUACAUAUUUAUUAGCAUUUUAUCGAAUUAUCAUUUUUGUCUAGGUGUUCGUUCGUGUUAUGCUUAAUUCUACGGUUUAUCAUUCCGGUACUAUAUGGACAGCCACUCGCCCAAGCACGACAAUUUUAAUCUAUAUUUAUGUUCUUUAAUUUGUUCAUGUCAC